CCCCUGCUGCUUUUGUCUCUCUUUCAUGGCAUGCCGCUGUUGCUAAACAAGAAGACAGCCUUCUACUGGUCGAUCACUAAUUAAUUGUCUGUCUUUUUGGCUCGGACCGCCACUGCGUGUCCACUGGUUUGGAAGAGGGAACAAGGAGUCCAAAUCCUCUGCUGAGGGACGGUCUCCAUACACUUCCAAGGCAACUGUGUUACUAUGGCGUGCAGGCAUGGGCCAGGAAAGACCCGAUAGCUAGCAAACAGUGUGUUGUCGUCAGAGAGGGGCCGCCAGGGAGCACAAGGGAAAGUGGACAGAAGAAAAGCAGAAGUGUCCGAAUCAGUGUGGUUGUGGCUUUCUCUGCAAAAGGACUGGAAAGGAUGGGAUCAGACUGCGUUGUCACACAAACUUUUUACGGAUGUUCCGCUGCUGGAAGCUGCAGGCUCAGGUUGGAUCUGUGGUUUUUGUAACUCCUGCACGGGAGCAGGUGCAGAAAGGGCGUCAUGCGUGGUUGCGAGGCCGCCAGCUGCCUGUCGGUGCUCAGCACUGACGGAGGCAGGCGGGGACGGACCUGCGUUUCCAUGGCGACGAGCAGCUGUAGCCCCUUCCCCAUGUGUUGGAGCCGAGAAUAUGACAGACACCUAGCAGCGGCGGUAUCGGCAGGGAAAACCAUGGCCACGCCUUACAUGGACCCCAACCUUAACCACUCGCUCCUGGGUGGCGCCCCAAGGCUCAGUGCAGGGGGGUCGGACCGGACAGUGGCCGGCUCCGUGGACAGGGUCCUGAAAGUCUUCCAUCACUUUGAGACCAACACGGAGCUCAGCAGCUGGUCCUCUAACAUUCGAUACGGGGAUGCCACUGAUGUCAGGGGGAUCAUCCAGAAGAUCCUGGACAUCCACAAAGUGCGCUGGACGUCCUGCUUCGGCCUGCGUCUCAGCAGCAGUGGCCAAACCAGAGACCACCAAGUCCACUGGCUUCACCCGGACCUGGGCGUGUCUCACGUCCGCGAAACAUAUGAACAGACACAUCCCGGUGAGGAGUGGAGGUACGAGCUGAGGAUCCGGUAUCUGCCAAAAGGCUUCAUACAGCAGUUUACAGAAGACAAACCUACACUCAAUUACUUCUACCACCAGGUGAAAAAUGACUACAUGACACAGAUCGGGGAUCAGUUGGAACAGGAUGUCGCCCUCAAACUGGGCUGUCUAGAGAUCAGGAGGUUCUUCAAAGAGAUGCGAGGCAACGCCCUGGACAAAAAGUCUAACUAUGAACUACUGGAGAAGGAUGUUGGUUUGAGGCGUUUCUUCCCCAAAGACCUGCUGGAUUCAGUCAAGGCUAAGACUCUUCGUAAGCUCAUCCAGCAGACUUUCAAGCAAGUGGCCAACCUCAACGACGAGCAGUGCAUCCUGAAAUUUCUGGAGAUCCUCGCUCCCAUCUACCGCUACGACAAGGAAUGCUUCAAAUGUGCGCUGGGGUCCAGCUGGGUGAUCCAGGUGGAGCUGGCCAUCGGGCCAGAGGAGGGGAUCAGCUACUUGACGGACAAAGGAUCAGCACCCACCCAUCUGGCCAACUUCACCCAAGUUCAGUCCAUCCAGUACUCGGCCAUGGAGGAAAAGGACAGGAAGGGAAUGCUGCAAGUCAACGUGGCGGGGGCUGCUGAGCCUCUCACCGUCACGACAGCCUCUCUGACCAUGGCCGAGAACCUGGCCGACCUGAUUGAUGGUUACUGUCGACUGGUUUCCAUGGAAACGCACUCUUUCAUCAUCAGAGUGCAGAAAGAGGGCGAGAGAGCGCUGCCUUCCAUUCCAAAAGUGUCUAACAAUGAGAAGAAGUUGGAGGCGGUGAAGAGCGGAGUGAGAACUAUUUCCAUCUCAGACCCGGUGCCAUCAUCCACACUUCCUAAGCCAGCCAAGGCGCGGCGUUUCCUCCUCCCCUUUGUCUUCUGUUCAGAGUCGCCACCCAAUGAAGUUCUUAGCGGGGAUGAAACUGAUGACUACGCCGAGAUAGUUGACGAAGAGGACACUUACACCAUGCCCUCCAUGACCUAUGGAAUAGUGGAAGCGCGGGACUACGAGAUCCAGAGGGACAGGAUCGAGUUGGGUCGCUGCAUAGGAGAGGGUCAGUUUGGAGAUGUCCACCAAGGAGUCUACAACAUCCCGGACAAGCCGUCCCUCGCCGUCGCCAUCAAGACGUGUAAGAACUGCACUUCAGACAGCGUCAGAGAAAAGUUCCUGCAAGAAGCACUGACCAUGCGCCAGUUUGACCACCCUCACAUCGUCAAACUGAUCGGUGUGAUAACGGAGAACCCGGUGUGGAUCAUCAUGGAGUUGUGCACACUCGGAGAGCUGCGCUCCUUCCUUCAGGUGAGGAAGUACAGUCUGGACUUGGCCACUCUCAUCCUGUUUGCCUACCAGCUCAGCACCGCCCUGGCUUAUCUGGAGAGCAAGCGCUUUGUGCACAGGGACAUAGCCGCACGCAACGUGCUGGUGUCAUCGGUGGACUGCGUGAUGCUGGGGGACUUCGGUCUGUCGCGCUACAUGGAGGACAGCUCUUACUACAAAGCCUCCAAAGGGAAGCUUCCCAUAAAGUGGAUGGCGCCCGAGUCCAUCAACUUCAGAAGAUUCACCUCCGCCAGCGACGUCUGGAUGUUUGGCGUGUGUAUGUGGGAGAUCCUGAUGUACGGCAUAAAGCCCUUCCAAGGGGUGAAGAACAACGACGUCAUCGGCAGGAUCGAGAACGGAGAGCGGCUGGCCAUGCCCCCACAGUGCCCGCCCACCCUUUACAGCCUCAUGACCAAAUGUUGGUCAUACGACCCCAGCAAGCGGCCGCGCUUCACCGAACUCAAAACGCAACUCAGCGCCAUCCUGGAGGAAGAGAGGCUUCAGCAGGAGGAGAGGCUGAGGAUGGAGAUGAGAAGACAAGUCACAGUGUCUUGGGACUCUGGUGGUUCAGAUGAGGCUCCGCCCAAACCCAGUCGACCCGGUUACCCCAGCCCCCGCUCCAGUGAGGGCUUCUUCUCCAGUCCGCAGCACAACCACUUGCAGCCCACGGCCCACGGCGGCUUCCCUGCCGGCGAUUCCUGGAACCAGCACAGACCAGAACAUCCGGUGCUGUGGAGCCCCAACAUGGAGGACACAGGAUGCGUGGGCCAAGCCCUCAUGGAGGAGAGGCUGAUGAUGCAGCAGCAGCAGAUGGAGGACGACCAGCGAUGGUUGGAGCAGGAGGAAAGCUUCAUGAAGGCCGAGUCCAGGAACAGUCGAGGAAGCAUCGACAGAGAGGACGGCAGCCUCCAAGCGCCGGGUGGCAGUCAGCACAUCUACCAGCCCGUGGGAAAAGCAGACCAUGUGGCCCCGCCUAAGAAGCCGCCCCGCCCCGGAGCGGGCAACCUGGCCAACCUGGCCAGCCUCUGCCCCGUGGACAGCUACAACGAAGGCGUGAAGUUGCAGCCCCAGGAGAUCAGCCCGCCCCCCACCGCCAACCUGGACCGCUCCAACGACAAAGUCUACGAGAACGUGACAGCCCUGGUCAAGUCCGUCAUCGAGAUGUCCAACAGGAUCCAGCCCGCAGCCCCCGAGGAGUACGUCCCCAUGGUCAAGGAGGUAGGGCUAGCGCUGCGGACUCUGCUGGCCACGGUGGACGAGACCAUUCCUGUGCUGCCUGCGAGCACCCACAGAGAGAUCGAGAUGGCCCAGAAGCUGCUGAACUCCGACCUGGCGGAGCUGAUUGCCAAGAUGAAGCUAGCUCAGCAGUACGUCAUGACGAGCUUGCAGAAGGACUACAAGAAGCAGAUGCUGAUGGCGGCCCACGCUCUCGCCGUCGACGCCAAGAACCUACUGGACGUCAUCGACCAGUCGCGGCUCAAGACCAUCACCAGGCCACAUUAGCCUCCGGACAGAGGCAGGGGGUGGGGGGCGCGCCGCUGGCGAAAGGAUGGACAGCGGACAAUCAGACACCAACGCAAGACCUUCUUGUGAAAAACAAAGAAACACAAAAACUCCUCCUUCAUCGCAUAUCCUUUUUCUUUGGAUUUAUUUAACACGUGACUGCUCGUUUGAAGGACUUGGCACGUGACCAACUGGAGGAUCAUGAAGAUAUUUCCUUUUUUAAAAUAACUAUACAUCUAUAUAUUCAUAUUUGCAGCCAUGCCUCUUCAUAGGAUGUUAUUUUUUGGAUAAAUCUCCCUUUACAGUUGUCAUGCUUUCUUUUCUCAGGCUUUAAAUGAUCCACGUGGGAAUUUUUACAAACAUUUUGGAAUGGAGAAAGGCCACUUUUCAAGUUAACAUGAUAAAUAUACAAGUAGAAUCUAUAUUUUUAACACCUUUCCCAGACAUUUGGAGACAAAUGAAGGAGGUAUAAGGACACCGAAAGCCAUACAUAUCUAUCUAUUCACAAACGUAUUGCUUGCUUUUAAUGUACUCUUUAGUUUUUAGAGAAUGUUGACUUCACACAGCACAUUGGCAACAGCCAUUUCAAAGUACCAUCCAAUACUGUGAAUAGUACAUGAUUUAUUUAUUGGCUGAAUGGAUGUUUCAACCUGACAAACUCACUUUAUUUCACCAACUUGUUCUUCCAUUCCACUGUUCACUUUUGCCUCUGCCUGGAGGUGAGGAAUUCUCUCAGGAAAGAGUUGCAUGUACAGUUGCAAAUAAAAACACUGUUAUAAUGAAA